GCUGCUAUUCGAAAUUUUGUCACCCGUGCCCGUCACUCUGCCCCUGGUGUCGACGGGCUACCGUAUGCGGUCUGGGCGGCUGCCGACUGCUGCCUGGAAGGAUUAUGCCUCAUGAUGGACUGGAUCUUGCGUGGCCAGCCCCUGUUCGGCGCGGCCAGCGUCACCCUCCAAGCGUACUUGCCUAAGGGGUCGGAGCAUGACGACAUGGCCUCUGGAGGCUGCAUCAGAUCCGCUGAUAAGAUCAGAGUCCUCGGGCUCCGCAACACCGACUUGAAAAUGCUGACGUCUGCCGUGAACCGAUCACAUAGAGGAGUUGUGAACACCAUCGCCCCUCAGUCGCAGCGCGGCUUCGUGCAGGGCCGUAACUUCGGAUACGAUAUCUUAGAGUUAGAUGGCUUCAGUCGUACUGCUGGGGCCCAUCCGAGGGCUCCGACCUGGUUGCCGCUUCUGGUCUCGUUCGAUUUCGGUCCGGCCUUCCCGAGCCUCUCCCAGGAGUUUAUGAUGCUCUUCCUGGCCCACCUGCGCUCGCCUGCGCCUGCCCUAUACUUCCUGGCCUGGUUGUACUCUGCUAUCGAAGGGGUUGUGGCCCACAGCGGCCUGCCCCACUCUGUCUACUGGCCGAGGUCUGGGACCAUUCAAGGCCGCGGCCUCUCUGGGACGCUUUACGCUCUGAGCACAGCCCCGUUUCUGGUUGACCUGGGAUAUUCCCUGGAAGAUGCUGGACUUGGCCUCGCGAGGGCCUGUGCCGACGAUAUUGGGGCUGUCUUGUUCGAGGCUCGGGGGCUUCAGGUGCUCUUCCGUGUGAUGACAACUACGAGGCACCUCGCGGGGCUCUGCCUUAAGGUCAGCAAAUGCAAGGCCGCCCCGUUGCACGCGACGUUCGAUCCUGACCUGCUCGCUAGUACACGUGAGCUGCUCUGCCGGUUGGUUCCUGGCUGGCAGGCGUUCGAGAUCGCUGCGCACCUGAUGUACCUCGGCGUUCUCCUGGGACCAGAUGUCACGAUACAAAUGCAGUGGGGCGCGGCGAGGAUGAAACUUAAGCUACGUGCCAGGCUUCUUGGUUCAGGCUCAGCUCCGCUGGGGAUCAAUGGCGUGCUCUACCGAUCGCGGGCGAUCCCCGCCCUGUCCUACCUGGCCCAGUUUUAUCCUCUGCCUCCCAGGAUGGCCACUUUCGAGCUCUCUGUGCUUGCUCAAACGUUCCGUGCUCCCACGGGUACUCUACCUGCCUCUGGCUGGGCCCAGCUGGCCGCCUGGGGAGCUGGAUAUCCAUCGGAAGUUCUGCGCUGCUGCACGACGGCGAUCUCCACGGAGCUGCCAGUCACUGGGCGAAAGCUCAAGUACCAACGGGCAGCCACAGCUGCGCUCCACGAGCAGUUCGCGACCCCCUACCCGCUCCACGCGAUAUUUGAGACCAGGCUCGCCCGCUACUUUGACAUGUAG